UGAGGCUUGUGCAACAUGAGGUGAAGUCGACCAGGUUACUACCAUCAUAAUGACACUGCAUGAGAUUCUGAAUGAGGACCAUCAAAUGUUUGACCCCUCUGGUUCACGACAGUAUUCACUAUGACUGGCAGAGCAAGCGAACAUGGUGCAGAGGGAUUGCAACACAUUAUUAAUCUGCACAAACAAAAUGAUACUGAGAAACUACAUAGUCACACUGGAUUUACUUGUUAUAAUCAUCUCUACGUAGCAGAAGGUAGAGAGCCUGCAGAACAACUGUGGAAACCAUAGCAUUCCAUGCGAGAGUUGUAUAGACAACGUCACGAAUACGGU